AUGUUCUUCCGCGCCCUUUCCGCCCUCCUCUUCCUCACGCUCAUUAUUGUAUUGAUUCCUCUCACCUUUGACGUCGGUGGACGCGACGCCGGUCUCGCCUUCUCCCUGUCCAUCGCGUCCUUCUACUUCUGCCUGUCCUUGCUCCGAAUCUCGACGCCGGAUGAGCCAGGUUUUAGGAGGGCCAUAGUCAACAUCCUGCGGGGGCUACAAUUGCUCGUCCUGCCAGUCUUGUGCAUCUGGGCUCUCGGGAGAUUCUCAGUCGAUGCAGACAAUAGCUCGGGGUGGGUGGAGCGGACAUUCCGUACAAGCAAGGAUUUCAUCAAACCUGGUCCCUCGCUCUGGCUGGCUGUCUUUGGAAGAGAAGGUCUGUUGGAGAAUGUGACCCUCGGCGCAUGGGAUGUUAUGUUGCGAUGGUCGUCGCCCGUCUUUCAACUUCUCGAGGGCUUCUGCAGUCUCCUCGUCAUACAAGCCAUUGGGCAAUUCUCACGCUGGCUGGUCAACAGAAGUGAAUGGAGCGAUGCCUGGCUUCUUACUCUGCUCGCGACCUCGGCAGGAGUCGUGUCAAGUUCGGUCUAUUUUCUUUGGCGAGUUCUGCAGUUUCCGGACAUCUCAAAUCUCGACUCGACUCUCAUUGGCAUUGCGAUUGCGUCGGCUAUAUUCCUUUGCGCCUACGGGGUGGUUUCUGGUCGCGGCACGGCAACGGAGUCAUCUCUGCUUUUCGCCUACAUUGUCUUGUGCAUCUAUCAAAUUUUCACAGACUACAAGCCCAACGUCCCCCAUGCAGAAGCUGGAAUGGCUAGCUCGGCACCAGAUUUCCCACCGUUCCCACCGAUCAUCAUGUCCUCUUACACAGCUCUCAUGGCAGCACUGUCAUCUCUUCCAGGCGCUCUCGUCAACGCACUGGACUUUGUCGCAGCAGCUUUCAAGGCGGUCACACCAUCGGUGCUAAUCUCUCUCGGUUAUCGACUCUUUGUCUUUUAUUCUUCCACUCGCAUCAUUCCGGCGAUCAAUGAAAGCGGUGCCAGCGGUCUAAGUAUGGAGCCAUCUCUUGAAGAUUCUAAUGCAGCGAAUCAGUUUCUCGCCUUUCUCUCCUGGUUUUCUCCCAGCAUUCUCAUCGCGGUCUACACGAGUCUCCUGAUGCAGCACUUUGCCACAACCAUGGGAGGAUAUGCGCCAGGUCUUACGGAAACUAUUGGUGCUUGGUGGAGCGGCAACGGCCAACCCGUCAUGAAUGGCAACUUAUGGAAAUGGGUCAACUUGGUAGGGACCAUGUCCCUUUACGCUAUCGAGUUGUGGUUAGGCAAAGAAGACGACAUGAAUGGCGAUCACUGGAAAGUUGACUGA